ACCUGAAACCGAAACCAAGACACAAAGCCAUUAGCCAGGGCUGCGGGGUCGGGUUAUUCGGUUAGUUCGGAAUGCGGUUAGUCCGGAAUUCGGUUAGUUCGGAAUUCGUUAGUUCGGGUCGGUCGAAAAAAAUUGUUUGGAUCGGUUUUUGGUUAGUUCAGUUUCAACAAUAUUUUUUUUGGUUUGGCCAUUAGUUCGGUUAAUUUUCGGUUUAAAUUGAAUAAAACUCGAAUUUUUUUGGUUAAUUUCGGUUAUUUCGGCUAUUUUUCUCGGAUUUUGGUUAUUUCGGUUCGGAAUUUUGGUCAAGAUUGGUACUGUUUGAAAUUUUUUUACCGAACUAACCGAUUGCCGAACCAAACCGAAAACCGAAUAUUUUUAGUUGCCAAACUUGCAAACCGAAAAUCGAACUUUUCGGGUCGGUUCGGCAAGUUUGGGUCGGUUUAUACCCGCAGGCCUACCAUUAGCAAUGUGUUUUCCCCUGGCUGGUAGGGCUUGGAAAGGUCUUUAGACCUGAACAGAAUGCAAAUGAUAAAAGGGUAAGGUGAAGGAAGACCUGUUCACGUGCGCUAGUCGUGUCAUAAGGAGACUUAGCAUCCGAAGCUGUAUAAACAUCAAGCCAGCCACUUCCAAUACGAGGCACGUGUUUGCGGUCGCUUACAGGGAAAACUUUAACACCUGACUCAAGAGGAAAAUCGAAGUCGUUAGCCCAUUCAUACGGCUGAAGAGUUCCUCUCCAAGCUACAACAAUGUCUCUCCUCCCUAGCAUCGCCUUCCCCUCGUCUGUAGCGACCGCAAUGUAACCCAUCCAGUUAGUCUGCACGCGCGAGGCUUUCUUUGACAAAGACUUGACGAUGAAACAAAGUGGCAUCUUUAUAGAAGCUGUUGCAUAGAUGUACUUGGUCACAUUGUACCUGAAGAAUCAACCAUAGUUUGCCUUUACAUCGUCUACACAAAGAUGAAACGUUAUUUGUGGGAAAGUACCUGAUAGGGUUGGCUUUAAGGUAGCCGGUUCGAGCAUGGAUUUGACUCUUGGAGUAAUAACAGUCACCGCAGUAUUCGGACUUACGGUCCCAGUUAAAGGCGUCAUAACCAACCUGAGCCAUCUCGCCAUAGUGAAUGAGGUAGCGACGUAGGUCUGAGUCAAGUGGAUCAAGCAGGCCUUUCCAUUUGUUUUGGCCACUUAGCACUUUCCAUCUCUUUGGUAUGUCUUCCAACAUGUUUUGCCUUAGUAUUUUUCACAAACCUUUCCUUGUUCUAGCUUUUUUUUUUUUUUUUGGACAGAUAAGUGUUUGUUAAGUGUAGGCAUGUUACAUUGUUAGGGAUGAGACAGAAGGAAACUUGUUUCAUUAGAACUGUAACAAAAUGCAAAACCUGUGACCAAGAGAGCAGCCACGACACUGAAGCUUAUAUUACCAAGAAACCAAACUCAUUUCCCAAAACAAACAAAAAAAUGCUGAAUGCACUUAGAAAAACUAACCUGACCCUCGUCAUUUUUAUCUGCUCUAUCCUGAUAGCUUCAAGGCUAUGUACUGGGGACUCCUUUGUGUACGACCCAAGCAAAACCUUGAGGGAACGGUUCAAGAAGUGGCUUCAAACCCAUAGCAUCUUAUAUGGAGGAAAGGAGGAGUGGAUGCUACGGUUUGGGAUAUACCAGUCUAAUCUCCAGCUGAUAGACUACAUCAACUCCCUCCACUUGCCGUUUAAGUUAACAGACAACAGAUUCGCAGACAUGACCAAUGCUGAGUUUAAGGCUCAUUUUCUCGGUUUGAACACGUCUUCCUUGAUGCUAGACAGAGACCAAAGGCCGGUUUGUGACGCACUAGGCAAUGUGCCAGCCUCUGUGGACUGGAGGAAAGAAGGUGCAGUGACUCCUAUUAGAAACCAAGGAAAAUGCGGAGGUUGCUGGGCGUUCACUGCAGUGGCAGCUAUUGAAGGCAUCAACAAGAUAAAGACAGGGAACUUAGUAUCUCUCUCAGAACAACAACUCAUAGACUGUGACGUCGGCGCUUUUAACAAAGGAUGUAGCGGUGGAUUAAUGACAACAGCAUAUGAAUAUCUCAUAGCCAAUGGUGGACUAGUCACCGAGGCUGACUAUCCAUACACAGCCAUACAGGGUUCAUGUGACCAAGAGAAGUCCCAAAACAAGGUGGUUACAGUACAAGGAUACACAAAGGUGGAACAGAACGAGGCGAGUUUACAAGCAGCUACUGCUCAACAGCCAGUAUCAGUAGGAAUAGAUGCUGGUGGUUUUAUCUUUCAGCUCUACUCUUCUGGUGUAUUCACAGGCUUCUGUGGAAACCAUCUUAACCAUGGAGUGACUGUUGUUGGAUAUGGAGAAGAAGAUGGUCAAAAGUACUGGAUUGUAAAGAAUUCGUGGGGAACUGGUUGGGGUGAACAGGGGUAUGUAAAGAUGGAACGUGGUUAUAGUGAAGAGACGGGUAAGUGUGGUAUUGCUAUGCUUGCAAGCUAUCCCACGAAGUGAUUCCAAGAAUCUCUAGAAGCUUUAUAGAGCCUUUUCCCCUAUGUAUGACAAUAUGCAAUAGCGCAGAUUAAAAUAAUUUUGACUGUGCGAAUAAAGUACAUAGAGAUACUUGAGAACCAAGGUACUGCUAACAUGAU